UACAAGUUUAAUGGAGAGGGGCAAGCCGAUAGGAUUGUGGAUGCAGCCUGGAGUUGGUGGAGUGGGUAGCCAGAUUGGUGCCCCAGGAAGUGGAACAGGUGAUGAUGAAGCACCGAAAGACCCAGGUGUGCGAAUCACUCACCAAUCUUACACAGAGAAAGAUUUCGAAGGUCACAGAGCACACACGGUCUAUGUGGGUGUUCACUUGCCAGGUGAACGAAGACACCGCCGACACCACAAACACCAUCACCCGAGAACAAACAAGGAAGAAGCAGAGAAUGAAAGACCAAGUACGCCUCCGGCCCAGAGGGUGCAAUUUAUCCUUGGCGAGGAAGUCGGAGAUGAUGCUCAUGAAUCUCAUCCCUUGUUCUCCGAAAUGGGAGAACUCAUUAGGGAUGGUGACGAAAUGGAAUGGAAAGAGACCGCAAGAUGGAUCAAAUUUGAAGAAGACGUUGAAGAGGGAGGAAACAGAUGGAGUAAGCCGCAUGUAGCAACACUUUCUUUACAUUCCCUAUUUGAAUUAAGAAGCCUUUUGUUAAACGGAACAGUGAUGUUGGACAUGGAAGCGUGUAGUUUAGAAAAGAUUGCCGACCUUAUACUUGAUAACAUGAUUAACAAAGGAACUUUGCCAUUUGAAGCCCGAGAUAAGGUGAGAGAAGCGCUUUUGGUGAGACAUCGACAUCAACACGAGAGACGUAAAGAUACGAAUAUGUCAAGGCUUCCUAUUAUAAGAUCCUUAGCCGAGAUUGGGCGAAAUCAUUCCUCGUCAAAAAAUUGUAACUGCUCAUGUGGUUUUGCGUCUAUGAUUGCACCAGAUUUGCAGGAGCCACGCGAUACAGGUGAUGUCUAUUCGCCUUCGGUAGCUUGCAGCACCAGCUGUCCCGAUUCCCAUUCAGUUUUAAUGUCUAAAGAGGCCAGAGACCUCAAAGGACAAUACUUAUUGGUGCCAGCUGAAUAUGGCGUUUCCUUUGAAUUGGGUUUCACAACAUGGUUCACAAUGUGUCAUUUUAAAGUGGAGGAAUCAAAUUCAGCUCCAACCAUCGCCAGCUCAACAGGUCAGGGAUUAUACCUGGCUAUUCCCGGUCAAGAACCAAACAGCAAUGGAAUGGAUCGAAGUUCGAGUAAUGUUUCCAUCGCCCGAAAUCAUAGUUCCUCAGCAUUGGAGAGUGAUAUUAAUCAUAAGGGUAAUACGCACUUCAUGCGGAAAAUACCGCCAGGAGCAGAAGCUAGUAACAUCCUUGUUGGGGAAGUGGACUUCCUAGAGAAAACAUUAUCUUGUUUUAUACGACUUAACCAAGCUAGUAUAUUAGGGGACCUAACCGAAGUUCCUGUACCGACUCGGUUCAUUUUUGUUCUCCUUGCCCCAGCGGGUGGCAUGUCCAAUUUUCAUGAGAUUGGACGAGCAAUGGCAACAUUAAUGUCUGAUGAAGUCUUCCAUGAUGUAGCGUACAAAGCUAAAAAUCGAAAUCAUUUACUCGCUGGGGUGGAUGAAUUCUUAGAUGCUGUAACUGUUUUACCUCCUGGUGAAUGGGAUCCUACCAUAAGAAUAGAACCCCCUGCAGCAAUUCCGUCACAAGAAAUAAGGAAGCGGCCCAAAGAAGAAAAACCGAAAGAAGAAGUGGACGAAGAGGCAGACGAACAAAAGCUACGAGAGGAAAGUGGUUUGUCGAGAACUGGUAGACUUUUCGGAGGGCUAAUUAAUGACAUUAAGAGGAAAGCACCGUUUUAUUUAUCUGAUAUCAAGGACGCCUUGGCUCUACAGUGUGUAGCAUCAUUCAUCUUUCUCUAUUUCGCAUGCCUAGCCCCCAUAAUCACUUUCGGUGGACUUCUUAGUGAAGCUACAGAAAAAAAUAUGGCUGCUAUGGAAUCUCUCGUAGCUGGCUUUGUUUGCGGAAUUGGUUAUGGCUUUUUUUCCGGCCAGCCGUUAACUAUCUUGGGAUCUACUGGACCAGUUUUGGUUUUCGAGCAAAUUGUCUUCAACUUCUGCAAACAGUACACCUGGAAUUACAUGUCUUUUCGAUUUUGGAUUGGCACAUGGAUUAGUGGAAUAUUAAUUAUCCUUGUAGCAUUAGACGCCAGUGCGUUUGUUUGCUAUAUAACAAGAUUUACAGAAGAAAAUUUUGCGACUUUGAUAGCUUUUAUCUUCAUUUUUAAGGCUGUUGAAAACGUAUUGUCAAUAAAUAAAAAUUACCCAUUAAAUACUCGAAAUGAUAUACUCAACCACAAUUGCUCAUGCAAACCUUCGGAUAAUUAUCUUCCAUCCAGUUAUAGCAAUAUUAGCUGGUCAUCACUGGAUCAGAUUACCUGCAAGAAUUACAAUGGUACGAUGAUCGGUGAUCAUUGCAAUUACGUUCCGGAUGUGUUCCUGAUGUCAAUUAUCCUAUUUAUGGGAACCUUCCUCUUGUCCGUUGAGCUCAAGGAUUUCAAAAACGCUCUCUUCUUCCCCUCUAAAGUCAGACAGAUAGUAAGCGAUUUUGCUGUGAUAAUCGCAAUCCUUUCGAUGUCAGCUUUAGACUUCUUUGUGGGUAUUAAUACACCAAAACUGGAAGUUCCAGGAGAAUUCAAACCGACUUUACCCAACAGAGGCUGGAUAAUCUGGCCUUUUCAGGAAAACCCCUGGUGGAGUGCUCUUAUAGCAGGUCUUCCUGCCAUGUUAGGUACAAUUUUAAUCUUCAUGGAUCAGCAAAUCACUGCCGUGAUUGUCAACAGGAAGGAGAAUAAACUUAAGAAAGGAUGCGGUUACCAUUUGGAUCUUUUUGUACUUGCCAUUCUUAUACAAAUAUGUACCGUGAUGGGAUUACCUUGGUUUGUAGCCGCGACAGUACUUUCCAUUAAUCACGUAAAUUCAUUAAAACUGGAAUCUGAAUGUGCAGCCCCUGGUGAAAAGCCCCAGUUUUUGGGAGUGCGUGAACAGAGAGUUACUCACAUUUUGAUAUUUUUAAUGAUCGGAUGCUCUGUGUUGCUAACUCCAAUUCUCAGAAGAAUUCCGAUGCCAGUAUUAUUUGGGGUGUUUUUGUACAUGGGCGUAUCAUCUCUAAAAGGUCUCCAGUUCUUUGAUAGAAUUCUCAUAAUGCUGAUGCCUCUUAAGUAUCAACCAGACUACAUGUUCCUUCGACAGGUUCCACUGAAGAGGGUGCAUAUGUUCACAUUCAUACAACUGGCUUGCCUAUCCUGUUUGUGGAUCAUUAAGUCAUUCCACAGUACAUCAAUCCUAUUUCCGUUAAUGCUCGUUGUAAUGAUUGCUAUAAGAAAAGGUUUGGAUUUGUUGUUUACUCAACGCGAAUUAAAAAUUUUGGAUGAUGUUAUGCCAGAGACAAGUAAAAAAAGUGCCGAAGAUCUCCGCCAACUGGAAAGCGGAGAGGAUCUGAAUGAAAAUCUUGAUUACGAAACAUCGGGGAAUCUGCAGAUACCAUUAGCUAAUGGAAACAUUAUGAAGAUACCGCUCACUAGCAUUAAUAUCAGCGAAGAGGUGAACAAGAGUGGAAUUUGGCAGCAAGUUAACAGUAAUGAGAAGAAUAAGCAACAGGAAGUUAUAAAAGGCGGUAAGCAGAAAAAAUCGACCAAAAAAGAAAAUGCUCUAUUGGCCGAUGAAACAACAAUGUUGACAACAAUGACUGAGGAAGAGGAAGAAGACUGUGGAAUCUCGAUCAAGGUGACGCACGUCGACUUGAUCCGAUCAAAGGAUAGUCCUUACAAGAUGAACGGAACUGCUUCAGCUGAGACAUCCGUGUAACAAUAAAUUGAUUAAUAAAUUAUUAUAAAUAAAUAUCGGCAGGGAGAUUUACAAUAGUUCUCUCUUCUGAAAAUAGCAGGUAUUAUGUAUAGUAGAAUGAAUUUGUUAAAACAUAAGCAAAUACGAAAAUAUAUUUUGGUGUUGUGCAGUGGUUUUCUAGUCAUUUUUAAAUUUUCGCUAAUUUUU